AUGUCCGACAAUUCUAUUGAUCCUCAAGAAUUACUGAACAGGCCAGAAUACAACCAGAUUAUUACAUGUCCUCGAACAAACUCUCUUGUCAAAUUUGCCGAGGCAGGCGCCACUUACAAAGGAACAUUGCUCUUCGUUGUUCCGUCUUUUUGCUCAAGAUUAAUCGGUGUACUCCUCCUGUCCCUUUUGGCUGAUCAUUAUGGCAUGAGGGUCUUAUCGCUCGAUCGUCCUGGCUGCGGAGGCACUCCACGAUGUGCUCUGAAAGACCGCUUGACCAUUGCCUCGGAUAACACUAGGAGCGUACUAGAGCAUCUGGACAUCGACUCCGGGAAGAUGGCGAUUUUAACCCACAGUGCCGGCUCGGUACAUCCUGAUCUCUUCACCAAGAACCUACGCGUGUUUGUGACAUCCGGAUGGGUGCCUAUUCCUGUUUCGGGACAAAUGGGACUCGGCUACGUGCCAUCUACGCUCGUAUCCAAAUUUCAUCGUGUCCUUCCUGCAUCAAUCCCAAUUAUUAACAGCGUAGGGGCUAGCCUCGCGUUCUCGAAGAGUAUAUUCAGCGGAGUAGAUACCAAGGCUCUCAUGCCCCCAGACGUCAUACCCCGCCCUGCGCUAGUGGCAGGAGCUCCUCACCCACAGCAUACCCUUCAGAUCCCUAAGUCAAUCUGCGAUGCAAUCUUAACGCAUUUAGUGAAGCACGAACCAAUGCAAGGUGUUUCGGAGGAUUAUUUACUUUGCUUGGGCCGAGGAGAAGGAAGCGUCGAUCCAGAUUGGUUUUCCAACACGGUUGAUUCAAUUAGCCGCGCAUUUAAGCAACGGGGACAGCGAUGGUAUACAAAUCUACUGAAGGAUCAAAGCGACGUAUUCGAUGUCAAUGUUGUUCAACUUCCAAAAGCAGGGCACGACGAUCUACUUGGAUUUGCUGAAGUCAUGUAUCCUAUAUUCGAGGAGGCAAAAGUGGCUCUCCGUCUAUAG